AUGCCGCAUACAUAGUGUGUUCUUAGUAUCGUUUUAAGCUCGGUCGCGUACGCAAGCGCUUUCCAGUUCGCUCACAAUCGCCAAUUUGGUUCAUAGACGAAGGCUUCUAGGUAUAGUUGCGUACAAGUACAGAUUGAAGCAUUUCUGCUCGAAUAGAACAUGAUGGCGUAAAUGCAAAGCAGAGUAACUUGCAGUAUACAUUACAAAGACUGUGAUAAACCCUUACUGGUGUAGUGUGGUACAAGUGAAAUGAAAAGUUGUGCUCUCUACCGCGGUUGGUGAUCCAAGAGUGAGAAAACAAAAUAGCGGCAAUAGAAGAAGAGCAGCACGUUCGUUUGUAGCAAUGACGACACUGUUGAAGAACGUGACCAACAGCAUUUGGCAUGCGUUCCGCGCCCUACAGCAGGACUGCUCCGGAUUCGUGGGGAAGUCAAAACUUAAGGUCCUCACGGCCAACAUCGCUACCCUGCUGGAUCUGUACGGCGUAGAGCGAGGACUCGAUCACUACCGGUCAACACCGACGCUGAACUUUGACCACUAUCUGUACUACCUCGGUCAGGAGGUGUUCUCCUCUGUGUCCAACGAGCUACCUCUGUCCGCCGUCCGGAACUACGAAGGCAAAAUCGAUGAGGUCUGCUGGUUGGUGUGUCACAAGGACUUCCUGCUGAAGGAUGCCUACUUCAUGGAGGAAGCCAUCUAUCAGUUGUUCAGAAUAUUCUGCAUGAUGGCCGACUUGUACAACGACAACGCCGAUGACAAUCAGUUCACGGUCAAGAUCCACCCGUCGGAAGCGCUGAUCGUGGUCAAGCAACUGCUGAAUUCGCUGGGGCUGGACUACAACAACGAGGAGAAGUAUGACUAUUUGAAGAAAUGGGAUGAUGGGCUGGAUUUCGGAGAAUUCUUGGCCAUCCUGAGAUUUAAGGACUUUGUUAAGUUGAACGACUACGCGGCAUCGAUAUGCGAGGCGAUCAGAGAUAUCUACCAGACGCUGAUCAUGGAUGUGAUCAAGAAGGGUUAUCUGUUCAGGAGGGGUUACGUGCUGCCGACAUUUCGGGAGUACUUUUUCGUGCUUCAACCUUGCGAGUUGACGUACUACAAACAUCACACGGACCGGGAGGUGUGCGGGACGAUAGCGCUGGAUUCGAAAUUUACCGUGAAGCCCUUCAUACCGUCAUCGGGCAAGACUGAGCGCGUUCCAAAGUUCACCUUGGUCUCGGGUGAUCGCACGUAUGAAUUGGGAGCGCAAGAUCACAAGACACGGCUCCAGUGGAUAUCGGUCCUACAGUUGGCCAUAACGUACUCCACGGGUCGAGAAGGCUUCCAGCGGGAUACAGUCAACCGAAGGAAGCAGCAACGGGAACUGGAGCUAAGGAAGCGCCAGGAGGAAGAACGCCAGCGUAGUAUUCAUCUGAAGCAGCUGGAGGAAACCAAUGUGCAGUUGGAGCAGGAAAAGCUUGCCCGUCUAGCGGCGGAAUCUCAGGCACGACAGUACAAAGCGGUGGCACGGGAAGAUUCCCGCCGGGUCGCCGAGUUGGAGGAUGUCAAACUGUGUCUAGAGCGCAUGUUGGAAGACGAGAUUCAGGCCAAACGGGACGAGGAGAUUGUGCGGGCUCUGCAGGCGCGGGUACUAGCGGAGGAAUGGGAAAAGCGAGAAGAGUUGGAGCAAUUGCAAGCGGAGCAGAAGGCUUUGUUGGAACUGGAACGACAGAAGCGUAUCGAGUUUGAACACAGACAGCAGGAGAAUGAAAAGCGAUUCAAGGAGGCGGAACAGAAACUUCGACAGCUGGAAGACGAACGUAAGAAGCUGGAUCGAGAGCUGAAUAUGGCUCGACAGAAGAUUCAGCUAUCCGAGGAUAACAAGGGUAUAGUCGAGGCCAAACUACAGGCAAUAGCCCCGACGUAUCGGAAAGCUCCAGAUUUUAUGAUUCGUAGGACACAGUCGUUUGUAGCGUCCGACCGACCGGUGAUUGUGGCUGUUCCUCGUUAGGACGUUCCGCCAUUUUGAAGUGCCAGUAGGACCUAGCUUUAGUCAUUCGAGGUCAGCCACCGCCACCGACGCCUUCGUUUGAGAUGGAACGUUCUUUCUGUUGGAAGUAAAUUAUUGGUUUAGAUGUUUAAGAAGUUCAGUAUUUUUUUUAUUAUUAUUGUUUGGUGCCGCCACUAACUCAUUAUUGUGAAGCAAUAUUUUACGAUUAAGAUUUUUUUUAUAAAACA